UAAUUUUAACGUAUUUCUACGAAUGUGUUGGACCAAACUUAUCUCUAUAUCUAUAAACUGUAUCAAUUGCAACCAUUUGUGCAUGCACGUGCACGUGACUCUGCAGCUCACCUUAAUCACACGAUGGUCUGCUGGUCUUUGUUGCUGCUUUUGCUAACUGCUACUCUUGCAACAUUGUCCAAACAAACGUUUGAGAGUGCAACACCGAAGGGGUGUGUUACAGUACUCGACAAGUGGUGUUCAAGUGAGAUUGUUCGAUUAUCUUGCUUCCAUACUCACUCAUCCGGAGCCUGUGCUAACUCUCGAGUUUACGCAUCAUUGAGUAAUGCUGGUUGGAUAUGUAAAGCGUUGGACGAGAGUUGCUCUUGUCCAGACUCUCGCGACCAACUCAAUCGUCUCUUCCAUCUGUGUGCCAACAACUUAACUGCAGUCGAUGUGUUUGUAUCUGGCGAAUCAAACAUCAACACUUACCGCAUUCCAGCUAUUGUACAGACCAAUAAAGAAACACUGCUGGCAUUUGCUGAAGGAAGAGUGUAUGACAGCAGUGAUUGCCACAGGAAGCUCAUAGUGAUGAAGAGAAGUACAGAUUUAGGAAACACUUGGGAAAAGCUGCAGAUCAUACCAAUCAAUUUGAGUGAUGAGCAUCUGGUUACUGCCAAUCCUCAACCUGUCUUUGAUCAUAUGACCAAUACCACACUGCUGCAGUUUGUUACCAAUGACAACACAACGCAUCAAUGUAAUCCAGGAAACAACAAUGGGCAGAUAAUCUCCUCAGAUGAUGGUUUAACAUGGUCACAACUGAAAAGCAUGGAUAAUGUGCUAGGAAUAAAUAGGGGACUUUUGCCCGGCCCAGGAGGAGCAAUACAACUCACACAUACUACAUAUGCUGGCAGGCUCGUGUUUUGUGGUCACUAUGGUGCAUAUGUGCGAGAUCUCGUUUGGUAUUCAGAUGAUCACGGCAAGACAUUUCAACUGAGUAAAACACAACUCCCUGAAAUGGACGAGCCUCAAGUAGUGGAGCUUACAAACGGGUCCCUACUACUCAACAUGCGCAACCGACACAAAAAUGAUUGUCAGUGCAGAGCCAUAUCACGAAGUGAUGAUGGAGGAAUGACGUGGGGACCUAUUCACUACGACCCAGUGCUCAUCUCUCCGAUAUGCCAAGCUUCUCUAGUACGCAUCAAUGAUGCAUUCUAUUUCUCUAAUCCAGCGUCAAAAAUUGCACGUGAAAACCUGACAAUUAGAAAGAGCACAAACAACUGUAACAACUGGCAGAGUGAGUUGAAGAUUGUCGAUGGCCCAGUAGCAGGCGGAUACUCAAACAUCGUUCCUCUCACUGAUUCAACUAAAGGAGGCAUUUUGUAUGAGCGAUUCGACGUUGUUAAUGGCACCAAGCGCUCUGUGAUAUCAUUUACACAAUUUCCUUUGGAUUUUUAAUAAAGUUUUAUGUGUUAUAGCCACACAACAUCGUACACAAUGUGACAUAAUAAAAUUCUGUACCAGUUACAGCAUCACUAUCAUUUCUUAGACCUGCAUAAGACAUUGGUGUGACUAUUAAGAUGUUGAGACCCACUGUGUGUACCUAUGUCCC